CAAUCAACAUAAUCCACAAAGCAAUCUUACAAAACUUUCCCCACCACCACCUUAUCCAACAAUCUUCCACGACAGGACACGCAGCAUAUGCUCUUCCAUGGAUCCCAUUUCUUUCUCCUCCACCCAGAUGCAAACAACCACCUAAACAUAAUCAAAAGAAUCAACUAAUUUCACCCCAAAAAACAUAAAACAAAAAAACAACACUUUUCUACAUAGCUGAAAACUUUGAAAAACAAACUACGAUCAUUAUAUGUGAAGAAGAAGAAGAAGAAAGACCAUUCAUGGCUUCUGCAACAACAAGAGCUACCUUUUCUUUCCACAUCUCAACCUCAUUCUCUCAACCUUCACCUCCGAAAUUCAAAACCCAUCUCACUCUUCUCCCCAAAAUCCCACCUUUCUCGCUUUCACUUCCCCACAAGCCCCUUAAACCCUUCAAAUUCAUUCCAAACUCCAUUGAUGUCUCAAAAGAAGACAAACCCACUUCAGACCAACCCACUUCAGCUCCUCUACCCCCACCGACUCCGGCGCUUGAUCCUGAACCUGAAACAGAACCAGAACUGUCACUGGAGGAGCAAGAGAGCUUCGACAAACGCCGGCUUGAAGAGAAGUUCGCAGUGUUGAAUACUGGAAUCUUCGAAUGCAGGUCUUGUGGUUACACAUAUGAUGAAUCAGUAGGGGACCCAUCUUAUCCUAUACCGCCAGGACUGCCAUUUGACAAGUUGCCUGAUGAUUGGAGGUGCUCAACUUGUGGAGCUUCUAAGAGCUUUUUUGUGAGUAAGAGUGUGGAAAUAGCUGGUUUUGCUCAGAACCAGCAGUUUGGCCUUGGUGGGAAUACACUCACUUCUGGGCAGAAAGCUAUUCUUAUAUAUGGAACUUUGUUGUUCUUCUUUGUACUUUUCUUGUCUGGUUACUUCCUUCAAUAGUGGAUGAUGAGGCCUUGCAAUAAUUGGGGUCAGGAGGAAACUAUAACAAUUGUUGUUAUAUAGGUACUGAGGACAAAGGAGAGACUGAAAUGAAACCUCAGACUCUGUGGGAGCUGACCGUUUGAGCUACUUAGAUUAGGUAUCUUUUAGUUUUUACUAUAUAUUCAAAUAGAAUGUGCAUACUUGUAUGAUUCUCUAAGGAAGUAUACAACUUGUAUAAGUUCUCAACAUUGUAUCGUCUUCCACUCUGUCUAAUAAAACAGUAACAGUAUCAUCUCCAUUUAUCUAUGCAAAGCCAGCCAUAUCUAUCAUCA